AUGUUGAAGAAUGCGCAGCUUCUCGUUCAUUUUGAUCCCAACAGCGAACUGAAGCUAGAAUGUGAUGCUUCCCCGUAUGGCGUAGGUGCUGUUCUGUUUCACUCGGCGGGAAAUGAGCACAGACCAAUCGGUUUUCGUUCCAGAACGUUAACAAAAGCGGAGCGAAACUACUCUCAGCUGGAGCGAGAAGCCUUGGCACUGAUUUUUGGCGUUUCUCGUUUUCUUGACUACCUCCUAGGUCGGCAAUUCACCCUGGUAACCGACCAUCAGCCACUGCUGGGACUGCUCAAGCCUGACCGCCAAACGCCGCCGAUUGCCGCCGCGCGCAUUCAACGGUGGGCACUGUUCCUAGGAGGCUACCAGUACAAGCUACAGUACGUUCCGGGGAAACAACUACUGACAGCAGAUGCCCUCAGCAGACUACCAGCCCCGGCGGCAGCGGAACCAGUAGCCGAAGGGGAGCCUCCCGAGUACGCCCUGUCGUUGGAGGCCCUAGACGAAGGUAUAGUGACGACGCACGAGUUGCAGGAGCUCACUGCCAAGGACUCGUUGUUAGCCCGUGUGGCGGAAUACAUCUUGCAUGGCUGGUCUCGAACAACAAGUGGAUUGGUGCCCGACUUGCUGCCCUUUUUUGAUCGCAAAAUGGAGCUGUCGAUGGCUCCCCGGCUAAUCUAUUGGGGCAACAGAGUCGUCAUACCACAGAAGGCGCAGGAAAGGAUGUUGCAGCUGCUACAUGAAACACACCAAGGCUCCUCGUCAAUGAAAGCGGUGGCACGGGCACUGUUUUGGUGGCCAGGGAUGGACAGGGAGAUUCAGGAAUUGUCGGCGCAGUGUGUAAGCUGUGUAGAAAACCUGCCCAUGCCUGCGGCAGCCCCACCGGUGAGUUGGCCGAAAACGGCCGAGAGGUGGUCCCAAAUCCACAUCGAUUUUGCGGGCCCAAUAGCCGGCAAAAUGAUACUUGUGGUGGUAGAUGCUCACACAAAGUGGAUUGAAGCAAUACCUAUGAUGCAUGCGAACACAGCGGGUACUAUUCGCUGUUUACAAAGUCUGUUCUGUCGGUUCGGAGUGCCACGCACAAUCGUGUCCGAUAAUGGCACGCAGUUUACGAGCCAGGAGUUCGCCACGUUUAUAGCAAGAAACAAUAUUGUGCACUUGCGUACAGCGCCUUUCCAUCCUCAGUCGAAUGGAGCAGCGGAAAGAGCAGUGCGAACCCUUAAGGAUGGUUUGCGGAAAAUGCAAGAUGGCUCACUAGAAGAUAACAUCAUGCGCCUGCUAUUCCAUUACAGGAGGACCCCGCAAAAGGAAGGAAAGUCACCCUCGGAGAUGCUUCUCGGUUACCAGCUGCGGUCCCGUCUUGACACCUGCCUGCCACCCAGGGAUGAGAACUGGUGGCCGGGUGCUGACGAUUGCACCAUCUCGCCAGGAAGCAGCGUCUACGUGCGCAACUACGGUGCCGGUAAAAGAUGGACGCCUGGACGCGUAAAAGCUGCGUCGGGGGCGAGAAUGAUAGCAGUGGACACACCAAGAGGGUUAGUGCAGCGUCAUAUCGACCAAGUCGGCCGCCGCCAUGAAUCGACGCCGGAGUCUGCAACUGCGGGGACGACGGAAGGCGCGGACGCUGAAGCUGAACCUGCCAGCGUGGCUACCCCUGUCCAGUCUCCUCCGUUGCAACGCACGUCCAGGCGGAAUGAGCAAGAGCGAAGCCCAGAGCUACCGGGCGCGGAUGGUCGGAGUGAGUUUUCCCCAUCAACUGCUACGGAACCUCCAGUCGCUACGGACGAUCCCUCGCCUGAGGUGGUCCCGCAUCAACCAACGCUGAGGCGAUCGACAAGAGUUAGGAACCCGGUACAACGGUUUCACUUUUAA